CAAUGCCAAAAAAUAAAGGAAAGGGAGGAAAAAAGCGAAGACGAGGGAAGAAUGAGAAUGACAUUUUGAAGAGAGAAUUGGUUGAAAAAGAUGGAGAAAAUCAAGCCUAUGCACAAGUGCAGAAAAUGCUUGGGAAUGGGCGUCUGACAGCUUUUUGUUUUGAUGGAAAACAGCGGCUUUGUCAUAUUCGAGGCAAAUUGAGGAAGAAAGUUUGGAUAACACCUGGUGAUAUUAUUCUUGUUGGACUUAGAGAUUAUCAAGACGAAAAGGCAGAUGUAAUUCUAAAAUACACACCGGAUGAGGCUCGUAUUCUCAAAAAUGCUGGUCAGUUGCCUGAAAGUACAAAAUUAAACGAAGGCGAAGAGGAAGAUGCUGGAGGGGUUGAAUUUAUUGAUUCUGGCGAGCAUUACAGCGAGGACGAAGUUGCUGCUCAAGACAGAAAUUUCUCUCUUAGUGAAAGUAGUGAAGAAGAGUCAGAUGAAGACGAGGAGGAGGAGGAAGAAGAAACAAAUAUUAAAAGUAAAGGGAAGGUUAAAUGA